CAAAUCCCGCUUAAAGCGCGAAUAGCGCGGAAUGCGCAAUCCGCGCAGAAAGCGUGCAAAGCUUUGAAAUUGAAUCUGGAAUUCAGAUUCGUUAAAUGUCCGAAGCAAAAUGAAGGUAAAAUCAGUUUCAAAGCCACGACUAUAUAGUGCUCUUAUCUGUCUAGGUUGUGAUGUUCCACCUUAGAAGAAGAGGGAGAAGUACAUAUGUCGAGGACAAAUUUCAGAAAAGAGGAGGGUCUUCCUGGAAAGUAAGUAUACAUAGUGGAUCUGCAUAUGUCUUAUACAGCAGCAAUGUCCGACUCGAAGACCAUCUUGUACUGAAUUCAAGGACGCUUGAAGGAAAAGCUUUGCUUGGAAAGACUUCAUAUAGAGAGCUCAUUAUCCGACUCGCAAUCAGGCAAGGACCACGUCAUAUUCUGAGCUCAACAUUCUCAGAAUGAAUCAUAUCAGGCGGCAAAGAAAUGAUUCCAACAUCCAUCCUCGCCAUCUUCAAGAAA